AUGAUUGAGGAGCUAGAGGGCAUGGAGGGGCUGUUUGAUGACGAUGAACAAAAUGAGGUUGAAGGAGAGGAGCAAGAAGGUCAAAGGGGGAAGAAUGAGGUUGAGAAGCUACCACUUGACGACGUCGAGCUAAAUGUCGAUGAUUACAUCGUCGACCCAGAUUACGACAUAUGGGACGGCGAUGAAGAUUUGAUAACGGAGCUUAGAUCGACGGGCCAAUAUUAUGAAGAGGGAUCAGAUGCCCAACAUGAGGAUGAUGUAGAUGUUGGAUCUUCACAGAGAUCUGGUGGGAGACCAAAGGGUGAGAGUCAGGCAGAAUUUCGCCCGGGGGGCGUUGAAAAAACUAUAAAUCCAGAAGUUGACGAGGAGGAGGAGGAGGUGGACUCGGACUACAUUGCUUCUGAUGAUAACAACACGGCUUUCGAGUCUGACGGUGACGGUCGGGUGAAGUUCAGGAUGUUCAACGAGGAGACAGAGAUGGAAAAUCCAACCUUCAAGAAUGGAUUGCAAUUUGUGAACAGAGAGCAGUUCAAGAGAGCAUGUAGGCAGUGGGGCAUCAAACAUAGGUAUCAACUGCACUUUCCUGUGAACGAGAAGACCCGUUUUAGGGCCAAGUGCUACGACAAGAGUGACAAGGUACCUAAGUGUCGGUUUGAAAUAUUUGCAUCCAAGAAAAACAUGUCAGAUCCGGAUGAUGAAAUAUUCCUAGUGAAGAGCCUGAACUUGGUACACACUUGCCCGAAGAAAAGAACGAAUUUCCACAUGACCAGUGCCUAUCUGGCUGAGUUUAGGGCCAAUCCAGAUUACAACCCUGAGCAGUUUGUUGCUAAGAUUGCACGGGAGCUGAAGCAGAAGAUCAGUGUGCACACGGCACGAAGAGCACGACUCAGGGCUGUAAGAAAAUUGGAGGGGGAUGAGGAUGGGCAGUAUGCUAAGUUGUAUGACUAUCGAAGGGAGGUCCUUCGAACCAAUCCGGGGAGCACAAUGGAUUUUAAAGAGCCUCGAGGAAAGUUUGAAGGUAUGUACAUGUGCCUGGCUGGAAUGAAGAAUGCCUUCCGGAAUGGGCUAAGGCAGAUCGUUUGUCUCGACGGUUACUGGUUGAAGGGGAAGUAUGGGGGUCAGUUGCUAUCUGCAACUGGGAUCGACCCCAAUGAUUGCAUGUAUCCCCUGGCUAUGGCAUGGGUGAAGGUUGAGAAUAUUGAAAACUGGAUGUGGUUUUUGGAGCUAUUGAAGGCUGAUUUGCAUCUGGGCAACAUGACAACCUUCAUGUCAGACAAACAUAAGGGCCUUGUACAUGCACUGGACGAGCUUUUUCCACAUUCAGAGCAUAGGUUUUGCUGGAGGCAUCUAUGGGCAAAUUUCAGAACCACCUUCCACUUGCAACAUUUAAAGCUACUUAUAUGGAACAUUGGGAUUGCAACCUACACAUCCAAAUUGAAUGCUGCCAUGAAAGUUUUGGAGAAUACUCAUACGGCGGGCUACAACUGA